AUGAUGCACGAUGUCGUUGUGGUUGCACCUCGCCACGAUGUUGUUCGGCGGCAGUUCAACAGCAUUGCCAUGCGUAUAAGCACCCAUCGUCGUUGGGACCUCGUUCAGCAAUGGGAGUGGAACAAAUGGACUGCAGAAACUGGGACGAAGAAGCUUAUAGAGAUUCCAUUUUACAGGAAAGAGAAACCCUUUCCCCGAACCACUUUCCGCACCGCCUUCGCCCCGACCCGUAACCCGAACCCGAACUCCGACAUCAUCGUCACCGCCUCAAACGACGGCUCCGUCGGCUCUUACUCCAUCUCCUCUUGCCUUGCAUUGGAUUGUGGAAAUGCGAGAGGUCAGAAUUGGUUAGUGGCUGAACCCCAUUGUUUGAUUCAAGGGCACAACGGACCUGCCUAUGAUGUUAAAUUUAGCGGUAACGACGAGGAUUCAUUGUUAUUGAGCUGUGGCGAUGAUGGUAAGAUCCGAGGAUGGAAAUGGAAAGAAAUUCUAGAAUGCGAGGUGCCUAUGCAAGGAGCCAAGCUGAAGCCAGUACUUGAUUUGGUGAAUCCCCAACAUAAAGGUUCUUGGGGUGCACUAUCUCCAAUUCCAGAAAACAAUGCAAUUGCAGUUGAUUCUCAGGGUGGAUCUAUAUAUGCAACUGCUGUUGAUUCUUGA